AUGUACCUAGAUAGUGUCAAGUUUUCUGCAACCUCGAGGCAUGGCAAGAGUCUAGAUCACGGCCCGGUCCAAGAUCCUGCCAUGCAGCCACUCGACGAACUUGUUCGUGUCCUCGAAAUAUGCAUUGCAACCAUCAAUACGCACCGAGGCUGA